GCGGCAGUUCUGGAUCUUAGGCCCGGUCCCUUCGGCUGGCGCUGGGGCUUCCCCCAGACUCCUCUCCCCCGGGCUUCCUUCAGCGCAGAGGAGCCUCCGUCGCGCUGCUUCCUGGGGAAGAAGAGAAGGCGGCAGCGGCGGUGGCCAACAACCCCGGGCCCGUUUUAGACGGCGCUGCCGCCUUCCCGGCAGCUGCCGCGGUCUCUGGGUGUUCAGUUUCUCAGUACACGCACAUCAUCUACAACUUAUGUGUUUCUGUUACUGUGAGGAAAGGACACGACUCUAUGGUGAGGACUGAUGGACAUACAUUAUCUGAGAAAAGAAACUACCAGGUGACAAACAGCAUGUUUGGUGCUUCAAGAAAGAAGUUUGUAGAGGGGGUCGACAGUGACUACCAUGACGAAAACAUGUACUACAGCCAGUCUUCUAUGUUUCCGCAUCGGUCAGAAAAAGAUAUGCUGGCAUCACCAUCUACAUCAGGUCAGCUGUCUCAGUUUGGGGCAAGUUUAUACGGGCAACAAAGUGCACUAGGCCUUCCAAUGAGGGGAAUGAGCAACAAUACCCCUCAGUUAAAUCGCAGCUUAUCACAAGGCACUCAGUUACCGAGCCACGUCACGCCAACAACAGGGGUACCAACAAUGUCACUUCACACGCCUCCAUCUCCAAGCAGGGGUAUUUUGCCUAUGAAUCCUAGGAAUAUGAUGAACCACUCCCAGGUUGGUCAGGGCAUUGGAAUUCCUAGCAGGACAAAUAGCAUGAGCAGUUCAGGGUUAGGUAGCCCCAACAGAAGCUCGCCCAGCAUAAUAUGUAUGCCAAAGCAGCAGCCUUCUCGACAGCCUUUUACUGUGAACAGUAUGUCUGGAUUUGGAAUGAACAGGAAUCAGGCAUUUGGAAUGAAUAACUCCUUAUCAAGUAACAUUUUUAAUGGAACAGAUGGAAGUGAAAAUGUGACAGGAUUGGACCUUUCAGAUUUUCCAGCAUUAGCAGACCGAAACAGAAGGGAAGGAAGUGGUAACCCAACUCCAUUAAUAAACCCUCUGGCUGGAAGAGCUCCUUAUGUUGGGAUGGUAACAAAACCAGCAAAUGAGCAAUCCCAGGAUUUCUCAAUACACAAUGAAGAUUUUCCAGCAUUACCUGGUUCCAGUUAUAAAGAUCCAACAUCAAGUAAUGAUGACAGUAAAUCUAAUUUGAAUACAUCUGGCAAGACAACUUCAAGUACAGAUGGACCCAAAUUCCCUGGAGAUAAAAGUUCAACAACACAAAAUAAUAACCAGCAGAAAAAAGGGAUCCAGGUGUUACCUGAUGGUCGGGUUACUAACAUUCCCCAAGGGAUGGUGACGGACCAAUUUGGAAUGAUUGGCCUGUUAACGUUUAUCAGGGCAGCAGAGACAGACCCAGGAAUGGUACAUCUUGCAUUAGGAAGUGACUUAACAACAUUAGGCCUCAACCUGAACUCUCCUGAAAAUCUCUACCCCAAAUUUGCAUCACCCUGGGCAUCUUCACCUUGUCGACCUCAAGACAUAGACUUCCAUGUUCCAUCUGAGUACUUAACGAACAUUCACAUUAGGGAUAAGCUGGCUGCAAUAAAACUUGGCCGAUACGGAGAAGACCUUCUCUUCUAUCUCUACUACAUGAAUGGAGGAGACGUGUUACAACUUUUAGCUGCAGUAGAGCUUUUUAACCGUGAUUGGAGAUACCACAAAGAAGAGCGAGUAUGGAUUACCAGGGCACCAGGCAUGGAGCCAACAAUGAAAACCAAUACAUAUGAGAGGGGAACAUAUUACUUCUUUGACUGUCUUAACUGGAGGAAAGUAGCUAAGGAGUUCCAUCUGGAAUAUGACAAAUUAGAAGAACGGCCUCACCUGCCAUCCACCUUCAACUACAACCCUGCUCAGCAAGCCUUCUAAAAAAAGACUUCCCUUUUCUUGGGGUAUGGCUGUCUCAGCACAAUACUCAACAUAACUGCAGAACUGAUGUGGCUCAGGCACCCUGGUUUUAAUUCCUUGAGGAUCUGGCAAUUGGCUUACGCAAAGGGUCACCAUUUGAGGUCCUGCCUUACUAAUUAUGUGCUGCCCAACAACUAAAUUUGUAAUUUGUUUUUCUCUAGUUUGAGCAGGGUCUGAAUUUUUUCAUUUAUUUUCUUUUUUGCCAGCAGACAGACUUGGGUCUGUAAAGACAAGCAAGUACACUGACAAGAAGUUUACCAUUUAGUUUCUAAAAUGUAAAAAAGAAAACCCACAAAAGACAACAGAAUUAGACCACAAAAUUUACAUUGUUCAUUGUAGCACUAUUGGUAAUAAAAUAACAAAUGUUUGUGCAUUUUUAUGUGAAGAUCCUUCUCGUAUUUCAUUUGGAAAGAUGAGCAAGGUCUGCUUCCUUCAUUUUACUUCCCCUUCUGUUUUUGAAAGGCAGUUUCGCCAAGCUUAACGCAAGAAUAUCUUGACUGUUUAGAAGAAAGAUAUUGCCACAAUCUCUGGAUGGUUUCCAGGGUUGUGUUAUUACUGAGCUUCAUCUUUCCAGAAUGAGCAAAACACUGUCCAGUCUUUGUUACGAUUUUGUAAUAAAUGUGUACAUUUUUUUUAAAUUUUUGGACAUCACAUGAAUAAAGGUAUGUAUGUA